AUGGAAUUCGAACCAGACUUUGCAGCUAGUUACUAUCUAACGAUAACAUUGUUAUGUAUAAUAAUAGCACUUGCAACCCAACACCAACUCUUACAAAUCCUUCGAUAUACACGACGUCUAAGAAGCCCACGUUUAAUUGAUCUUCCCACAGAACCACGAGAAAAAAUGGCAGCAGUAGUAAGUUAUGAUUACUCAAGGCCAAUUCGUGAUGCUGGUAUAGCCCCAGAAGCCAAAAAAAUCCAUUCGCAAUUACUGGUUAUUGCACAUAAAAUAUGGAACUAUGCAAUUUUCGUGUUCGGUUUUGGGGAUCAAAGUGUCGGGGAAAUUGUGAUCUUUCAGGCGUAUAUUGCGUUGAAUCUGAUUUUUCUUUAUAUGUCAUUGCAACCGGGUGAAAGUGUAAAUGCCGAUUUCACAGAUAGAACUGCUUAUUUAGCAUUAGCGAAUGCAGCAUUUAUUUUUCCAUUGGCCACAAGAAAUUCAGCAUUUUUAAUAUUAUUGGGUGUGCCAUUUGAGCGCGUAAUCAAAUAUCAUCGAUGGGUUGGACGAAUGAUUUUUUUUAUGAUUGCAUUUCAUGGAGCAUAUCAUAUACAAACUAAAUACCAAUCCACGUCAAUAUAUGACACUCUAUUCGGCGACAAAAAAUACUAUACCGGAUUCUGGGCAUCCAUGUCUCUAGUAGUGAUAAUGAUCACUUCUCAUUCGGUGGUUCGUCGUCACGCCUUUGAACUAUUCUAUUGGUCACACUUCAUUUUCAUUUUCUUUGUAGCUUUCGGUAUUUUACACACUGAAUGGUUCUUGCCGUUCGUCGGAUUCGGGACCGCAUUGUACAUUGUCGAUCGUCUUGUGCGCUGUUUUCUCUCUUACCGCACGGUAAAAGUCGAAUCGAUUGAAGCAAUACAGAUGGGUGUGACGCGUGUUGUUUUCGAACAAAAAUCUUAUUAUGAGGCUGGACAAUACGUGUUUGUUAAUUUCCCGAAUUUGAAAUCGCCGCUAUCUUUUCUGAAAUGGCAUCCGGUUUCGUUGUCUUCGGCUCCAAGUAUAUUGGAUGACGGAUUGAAUUAUGCGACUAUUCAUUUGAAGUGUGCAGGCGGAUUCACAAAAAGUUUAUACGAGAGCGCGUAUCAAGAAAUGAAAAGCUCCUUAAAACUAAAAGUCGAUGGUCCAUACGGAAGAACCCGUAUUGAUUUCACGGAAUAUCGUUCCGUGUUGUUGGUGGGUGGUGGAAUUGGAAUUACGCCAAUGAUUAGUUUGUUACGUGAUUUGGUGGACCGUCAAGUUGCUGGGUUUUCGCUUGUUACUCAAUCUAUUUAUUUCGUUUGGGUUAUUCCUGAUCAUGACUCGUAUGCAUGGUUCUCGAGCGAAUUCACCGAAAUCCGAAACCACGCCUCAGCAUUAAUAAACACAAAAUACCUGCUUGACAUCAAAAUCUUUCUUACCAAAGCCGAGACCACCCCGUCCUCGAUAUUUUUCAAAGGUCGACCGAAAUUCAAUUUGCUCCUCAACCAAAUUAAGGGUUGCAAUGGAUCGGGAGAUAUUGCGGUCGGUGCUUGUGGUCCUGCGCCGAUGAUUCGAGAGAUUAGAAGGGCGGCGGUUAGUGAGAGUGAUGCUGUGGGGUUGAUUAAGGUUCAUACAGAGACUUUUGAACUGUAG